AUGCGCCGCUUCCUCGGCGCCGACAUCGAUCGCAUCGUCAACGGCGCCCCCUCCUCCCUCAUCACCUCCAGGACCAUCACCGAGCUCCUCACCAGCUCCGGCACUUCCGGUGGGCAGCCGAAGCUGCUGCUGUCGACGGAGGAGCUCGACCUUCCUCUACAACCUCCUCAUCCCCGUCAUGAACAGAUCACGACGCCGUCGGGGCUGGUGGCGCGGCCGGCGCUGACGAGCUAUAGCUGCCACUUUUGGGAGCGCCCCGACAGCCCGUAUGAGCUGUACACGAGCUCGAUGGCGCGAUCUUUGUGCCUGGACAGCGCGCAGAGCAUGUACGCACCGCUGCUCUGCGGCCUCGCCCGCCGUGGCGAGGUGCUCCGCAUCGGCGCCGUCUUCGCCUCAACCUUCCUCCGCGCCGUCAAGUUCCUCGUGGGCCACGGGCGCGCGAUCUGCGCCGACAUCCGCGCCGGCCACAUCGAGGCCGUACGCGGGGCCGACCCGGUGUGCCGGAAGGCUGUGGCGAGGAUGGUGGCAGGCCCGGAGCCGGCGCUCGCUGUCGUCGCCGAGUGCGCAGCACCGUCGUGGCGGGGCAUCGUGCGCCGGCUCUGGCCGUGGACCUAUGCGUGGGAAAGAAGACCCGGCGGAAAAAAAAUCGCAAGGAGGAGCGAUCGGGAGGGAUGA